AUGAAUCUCCAUGCGCUCCAUGGCGCGCGCCUCAUGGGUGGUCCCAGCGUCAACUUACCUCCUGUGUCUGGGAAUGUGGCGAUUUCCAUGCAGCACCCGCCCACCACACAGCCUGGAAAGAGGACACUGCGUGGAUCCGAGAAUGCUGUCCUUGGAGAAGGUGCAAUGCAGUCGCCGAAGAGAGUGAAGCUGGAGAGCCCCACCAAACCAUUCGCACUUUCCAAUCGUAACCCCAGCAUGCUUCAAUCAUCAACUCCACCAUCGCCACAGCCAAGUACCGCAGAUACUCAUGAGAUGCUCGCAGAUGUUCAAAUGAGGAUAGAUGACGUGCAGACGCUCCUGAAGAUGACGCUGCGGAAGUACCCCCAAACGAAAGCAGAUUCGACUAUGAUUGCAAGCUUCAACAAAGAGUUGGAAGAGCUGCGGCUUCGGAAGGAGAAGUGUACCGCUUCCAUCUCUAGGUCCGCGCCGGUCGCUCCUCCCGCAUGCAUCCGAGCAGAUGCGACCGUGUCGGCAUUCCUUCCUGCUUCUAUUCGUGUAGAAGAAGCCACGCAAGUGCUCCCACACGGCUAUGUCAAAGCCGGAGUCAAUCCUAUAGUCAUGGAUUACUCUGCUGCAUCACAGCCAGCCGCUUCAGGAUCGAACGUAAGGCUUCCCUCUGCCUACGAUCGCGACGCAUAUCUUCGCGGACUGCGGACGCAUGGUGACAUCAAGCGAGGUGACACUCGUGAUGGUGAUAGUGAAGAUGAUAAAGUGCUUCACUCACUCGACGAGCAUUCCGGCGAAGACGGCAAUUUCUACGGUCGUGGGUGCGACAGAUUUGCGGGUCCUAUAGCGCGGGCUGAUGACAUAGACAAGUUCCUCGUCGCUGCCGGAAAUGCGGAGCAGUUCGAUGGCAAUGCCAGCGUCGAUGAAGCUCUGGAGAAACUCGGGCUCGAUAACCAAUACAUGCCUUUGCCAGGCAUGGAGAUUGCGCUGAUGCCUCAUCAAACGAUAGGCGUAGCUUGGAUGCUUGGCAAGGAGAAGAGUUCCUACAGGGGCGGAUGCAUGAGUGACGAAAUGGGACUUGGGAAGACUGUUCAGAUGAUUGCGGUGAUGGUCGCUAACCAGUCGGAGGACCCGUUGUGCAAGACGAACCUCAUUGUGGCGCCGCUCGCCUUGCUCGAUCAAUGGAAGUUGGAGAUCGAGGAGAAGACUAGAUGUGAUCUGAAAUGCCUUGUAUACCACGGCUUGAACAAGCCGACGAAGUUGAAUGAGUUGAAGAAAUACGACAUCAUUCUCACAACGUUUCAGGUGACGUUUUUCGCAUUGUUCAUUCGUCACAGUUAUGCUCAUAAAGCGAAGACGUUGGCAUUAGAGUGGCCUGAUGAAGAGGCUAAGGAGAAGAUCGCCAAGCGCAAGGCAAAGAGACAGAGCAAGGUAGACGACUUUAUAGACGGCGACUCAGAUGACGCACAGACAUUCAAGAGGAAGAGGAAGAGCCAAGGCAAUGGCUUGCUCUUACAAAUGACGUGGUACCGGGUGAUUGUGGAUGAGGCACAGAAUAUUAGAAAUAGGCGUACGAGGAUUUCUCGGGCGGUCACACAGCUUCAAUCGAAAUACCGAUGGUGCCUCACGGGAACGCCCAUUAUCAAUUCUUUAACCGACGCCUACGGCCUCCUGCGGUUUCUUCGAAUCCGUCCGUGGUAUGAUUGGGAUGAAUUCAACGGUCACAUUGCGAAGCACGAGAAGAAGCAACCUACUCUCGCGACUGCUCGUCUGCAGACUAUCUUCGUAUCGAUGCUUCUUCGCAGGAAGAAAGACUCGAUGCUCGAUGGCAAACGGUUGAUAGAGCUUCCUUCAAAGGAGGUCAUCUUGACUAAACUUCAGUUCUCGCUGGAAGAGCGUGAUAUAUACAAGAUGGUCGAGGCGAAGUCACAGGCUAUCUUCAACAGAUUCCUUCGGGCCGGGACGGUAUUAAAAAACUAUCAUCAAGUUCUCGUCUUACUUCUUCGCCUUCGCCAAAUCUGCUGCCAUCCCUGCUUGAUCCAAGAAGAAAGCAUGGCGUUUGUCACUGCCCAUGAGCUGGAGGACGCGAAUCACGGCAAACGCUACGAGUUGAGCCGCGCAAGGCAACUAAUUUCUCCGGAAUUUGUAACGAACAUGCAAAACAAAAUGCAGGAGAUCAUGUUGCAGCGCAUGGAAGCUGAGAAGCAGUCUGCUGACGCCACCAUCGAUGAUGAAGAGUGUCCUAUAUGUUUCGAUGCUUUCACAGACCCGGUAGUCACUCCAUGUGCCCACGUAUUUUGCCGCGAGUGCAUGACGAACAUUUUCAACACGGAGCCCAUUGACAACGGCGACGAGAAUAAGCUCUUCUCUCGCGCGGCAUUUGAACCCUGCGAUGACGAUAUCGACGGCGGGCCUGCCGACUAUACAGACGAGUCAUUUGACUUAUCAGCGAUGUUCGAUGCCCGCCCUAAACUUGGCAGGACGCUUAGGAACCGCAAGCCGCAGAAGAGGCGCGUCUAUGACUCAGAAGACGACUCGGAGCAUGAGGACGAGGAUGAUGGCCUUAGCGAUUUCAUUGUAGAAGACGACGAGGAUAAGAAGGAGAAAUGCGCGCGUCAUGCGAGAAAGAAGCGACUGGGAAAGCGCCGCGUGGUCGUCCUGUCGUCGGAGGACGAGCUUGAUGUUGAGGACGACGUGAUCUGUGGUGCGAAGCCCGACAUUGAGGUUCCGCCGGAGCAGAUCAAAUUGAUGCCGCGCUUUCUGCCUUCAACCAAGAUGAAGCAUAUGAUGGAGACGCUUAAGGCAUGGGCCGAGGCGCAUCUUGAUGAAAAAACCUUGAUCAUCUCUCAAUGGACUCAUUGCCUUCAAUUGGUAUCAGACUACCUGUCCGAGAACGGCUUCUUACAUGUCAAGUACCAAGGCGACAUGAAUCGACAAAAGCGUGAGCAGGCUGUUCGCGUUUUCAUGUCGAAGGACAAAGCGACAAUACUGCUGAUGAGUCUCAAGUGUGGUGGAGUGGGCUUGAAUUUGACUCGUGCAAACCGUGUGAUCUCGCUCGACCUCGGAUGGAGCGAGGCCAUCGAAAGCCAAGCUUUCGACCGAGUGCAUCGUCUGGGUCAAAGUCGCCCUGUCUAUGUUCACCGGCUGGUUAUUGCAGAUACUGUUGAAGAUCGUGUCCUCGCGCUGCAAGAGCGCAAGAAGAACCUUGCAGAUGGAAGUCUCGGAGAGGGCAACGGCAAGAAGAUUGGACGUCUGAGCGUCCGCCAGUUAGCUAACUUAUUUGGCCUCGACCAUAGAGGAAACUUGCUCUCCCAGAACUGA